AUGGAUAGCAAUAAUUCACUUGUUAGUACUGUAUCCGUCAUGCAAAGUGAGCAUUUUAAGUUUAUUUUUGUUCAGGUUUUAGUAGCAGUUUUCCUUUGCAUCAACUUCAUGCUGAUCACAACUUUUUUUACGAAGGAGUUCUUCUACACAACUAUGCGUUACAUCUUAUUUGCUGUUACUCUGCUGUCUGAUUGUGUGAUCUUGAUUGUCACAAAUCUCCUGAUCAUCUGCAACUAUUUGAAGAUCACCAUGAAUUUAUGGUUGUGUGCUAUCAUGUUCAUUUUGUCAACUGUGUACUCUUCGGUGACACCAUUUACUCUGACAGCAAUGACCCUGGAGCGCUAUGUGGCUAUUUGCAUGCCCCUGCGUCAUGGCGACCUGUGCUCAACACGCUGCUCGCUGCACUGCAUUCUCCUCAUUCAUGGCCUCAGCUCCAUUCACUUCAUUGUUGAUCUCUCCAUCUAUUUUGCAUCCACAUCAAUCAAGUUCUACAAACAAUCCAUGAUCUGCAACGUUUGGAUCUUUAUUUUGUAUAGAUGGCAGGAUCAUUUACGCAAUGCUAUAAAGACACUUUACUUUUUGUUUAUGUGCAUCACCAUUGUAUUCUCCUAUGUUAGAAUAAUGAAAGCAGCCAGAGCUGCAUCAGGAGAGGAUAGAAAGUCAACAUGGAAAGGGCUCAAAACGGUCAUUCUUCAUGCUUUCCAGCUGCUGCUUUGUCUCAUCCAGCUGUGGUGUCCAUUAAUAGAAUCGGCUGUCCUUCAAACAAAUGUCAAGGCAUACAUUAAUCUCAGGUACGUUAACUACAUUAUUUUUUAUGUCGCUUCAAGAUGCCUGAGUCCUCUUAUUUAUGGCCUCAGGGAUGAAAAGUUCUUCUGUGCAAUGAAGUCCUACCUUCUCUGUGGCUUUUACAAGAAAAAAAAUGUUAUUUGA